AUGGCGUUAACAUUGUACAAAAUGGACGCCAGUCCACCAGUACGGGCAGUAUACAUGGUAAUCGAGGUGUUGAAGCUGCCUAAUGUGGAAUAUGUUGAAACUGACCUCUUGGCUGAUGAUCACCUUAAGGAUGACUUUCUGAAGAUAAAUCCACAACACACAAUACCACAUUUAACCGAUGGAAACUUCCAACUAUCGGACAGUCACGCAAUAAUAACAUAUUUAAUGAACAAGUAUGGAAAAAAUUCUGAUUUGUAUCCAAGUGACCCGCAGCAGAGAGCUAUGAUUGACCAAAAACUGCAUUUCGAUAGUGGUAUCCUCUAUCCAGCUUUGAGGGAGAAUGACGAACCUAUUUUCUUCGGAACGGCAACAUCUUUGAAACCCGAAGGUGUAGCCAAAAUCAGAUCAGCGUACGAUUUCACGGAGAAGUUUUUGACUGGAUCACAAUGGCUGGCUGGAAACAAACUCACUGUAGCUGACAUAAGCUGUGUAGCAACUGUAAGCACACUCAAUGAGUUACUACACAUUGAUGAAGCAACGUACCCCAACAUCUGUGCGUGGAUAAAUCGUUGUGCAGAACAUGAGUUUUACAAGAACGGAAACCAGCCAGGGCUUAUGGAGUUUCGUCGGCUUCUGAAAAUAUAUUUGGCACGUUAA